AAAGCCUUAAAGUAGAGCUGUGUUUAGUGAAAAUGCUGCUGUUUUGAAUGCAUGUUCUCCCUGCAGCCUGAGGUCAGCUGCAAGAAAAGACACUUCUGUACUAUUAGCCUUGAGCUGGAAACAUGACCAAGGAGGAGGAGAUCCCUGACUGGGUGGGAGCCAAAGAGUUCUACGACAAGUAUGAGCCCAAGGAGAUUCUGGGAAGGGGAGUGAGCAGCGUGGUGCGCCGCUGCGUCGACAAGCAGACGUCUCAGGAGUACGCGGUGAAGAUCAUCGACAUCACCCCCUCCGACAAGAUGACGCCGCAGGAGAUCGAAGAAAUCAGAGAGGCGACGGUGAAGGAGAUCGACAUCCUCAAGAAAGUCUACGGACAGGAAAACAUCAUUCAGCUCAAAGACUGCUAUGAGUCCAAGGCCUUCUUCUUCCUGGUUUUUGACCUAAUGAAGAGGGGUGAACUUUUUGACUACCUCACAGAAAAAGUUACACUGAGUGAGAAGGAAACGCGGUCAACCAUGCGGUCUCUAUUGGAGGUGGUCCAGUUUCUCCACGCCCAGAACAUUGUUCAUCGGGACCUGAAGCCCGAGAACAUCCUUUUAGACGACUACAUGAACAUCAAACUCACUGACUUUGGUUACGCUGUGCAGAUUCAGCCAGGACAGACGCUCAAAGAGGUGUGUGGGACUCCUGGUUACCUUGCUCCUGAGAUCAUUGAGUGCUCUAUGGACGCAGGACAUUCAGGAUACGGUACAGCUGUGGACAUAUGGAGUUCAGGUGUUAUCAUGUACACGCUGCUCGCGGGCUCUCCACCGUUCUGGCACAGGAAACAGAUGCUGAUGCUGCGCAUGAUCUUAGCAGGGACGUACGACUUCUCCUCCCCUGAAUGGGAAGACCGCUCAGACACUGUCAAAGAUUUGAUCUCGCGGAUGCUGGUGGUGGAUCCAAAGCAGCGUUUCACAGCUACAGAUGUUCUGAACCACUCGUUAUUUUCGCAGUACGUGGUGCACGAAGUACGACAAUUCACUCCGUUCAGGCGCUUCAAGGUAAUUUGCUUGACCGUUCUCGCUACAAUGCGAAUCUACUGCAACUAUCGCCGUGCCAAGCCCAUCACCAAGGAGGUGAUAAAGAGCGACCCGUACGCCGUGAAGCCCAUCCGCAAGCUCAUAGAUGCGUGCGCCUUGUCCUUCUUUUUGGCCUUACUUAUCAAUUUAAGAAAUAAGCGAUCAUUUUGCUUUAUUGAAAUCCUUGUUGCGGCGUAAACUACGAUUGGGAAGUGCUAUAUAUAAUUUUGUAGUUAUAAAUCUGUGUAUAAUUUAUAGUUAUAAGUCAUGCACAUACAAGAUUGUGUACAUUUCUAUAAAAGCAAUGAAGUACUGGUACAUUUUGGUAAAAGAGCAGAAAAUGGAAAAAAUGUUGGCUUUCCACAUUUAUCAGUAGGUUUGUUUAAGAAUAAACCUCUGAAACACACAUCUAUUGGUAUUUUGUGCAAUUUACAUAAAGCAUUGUUUAAGGAUUAUUGCAUGAAUAUUUUAUGCUCACUUCACAUUUUGGAGACAAGAGUUCCCCUUGCCUUUUUUAGGUGAUUUCAUAAGAUAGCAAACAUGUUUAUGUGGAAUGAAAAAGCCUCACUUACAUCUUAAAAAACUAAAAGGACCAGUUGGUGAAGGGUGACUUUGAAUAUCUAAGAAUGUUGUUUUAUUGUUACACAUUAACCAAGACUCACUUCCCCCCCUGAGAGAGCUCCUUGUUACAGCAUUGAGUCAUCUCUCUAGUGCCAGUGUUUCCACUUCAAAGUCUAAAUUGCCUAAAGAAGGAAAAGAUCAUCCAAAUAUUAAUUAUCUUAAAUAUAUUUGGAAUAAACUGGUUUCAAUGUUUUAAUUUUGAUCUUGCCAAACCCAAAGUUGUGCUAAGGUAAAGCUCAUUUUGACCAGAAGUUCUAGUAGUCCACAGUGAUGUAUUGAAAUAAUUUCAAGAUCUUGUACACCAGUUUAAUAAACAACAGUUUCAAUUGUUUUAUUAUCUGAAACUCCACCCUCAACCAUCUGAAAUCUGCAGAUAGUUAUGGAUUAGAUUAAGUACCUGUGAACUUUAGGAAAUGUUAUUUUAACAUCUUCUCUGUUGAUUCAGAGCCUGGACAAAAAGGCCUCUUCAGUUUUCAAAAAACAAAACAGAAAAAAAAAACAUGAGAAAGUGGUUUAAGUCUGAAAUUGGAUGAGAAAGCGUGAGAAAGGACUUCUAGGAAUACUGAAGUAACGGCUGAUGCAAAGAACAUCUUGAUCAAUUUAAGAUUAUGAAUUGCUUUUAACAAGCUGGGACCACAUCCUUAUUUAAGUUUGAUAACAGCAGAUUGAGAAAGCACAAAUUGAAGCUACGGUUUGGGAACGGCCUCAGAGGGGACUGGCAGCAGAUCCCAGGCCAGGCAGAUCUAAUGAGAAGUGACUGAAUUGGGAAAAAAGGAGAGAAGUGUGGGGCAUGAAAAUGAGUACAAACAGCUUGUGGCGCAGGAGGCAUAUACCAGUGCAUGAGGUGUGGUCCUGCACCUGAAAUUCAGAUAAAUUUUCUCCAGUUAUUGGACACCAUACAAGUUUUAAGAAUAGGGGUGAAAGAUGCAACUAUAUACUUUUCUAAAGAGUUUCUGAUUUCUUCCCACUGUUCGGCAGUGAUGCACACAACAUGUGGGGCAGAGUUGAAGUUCCGAUUUUAAUUGGGAGUAACCAGAAUUGACAAGAUUAGACGUGAUUGUUUCAGAGGGACAGCUCAUGUUCAGCAGCUGGAGACAAAGUUAGACACGCAAGGCUGAAAAGGUUUGGACAUGUGCAGAGGAGGGAUAGUGGAUGUUGAAGAUAGAAUUACCAGGCAAGAGGGGACAUGAAGAUUCAUGGAUGAUAUCUGAUUUAGAGAAACUAAAUCACAUGCAAACAAUAAUUAAUUUAUUUUAUGACACACAUGCGUUUAAAUGUGUUAUUUUCUUCUUAUUUAAAGUUCUGAAUAAACCUUGUGCAGCAUUUCGUGGGUAAAAAUACAGAUAUAUAUACACAGUUUAAAGGACAAAGAAAUAGAUAUGAAGCACAAUGUGAGACGACCUUGAUCUUACAAUAUGAAACGUAAAUAAUAUUAUAUGACAAUAUCAAAAACAGUUUGCAAGUAAAAGCAGUCCGCAGUUCAAUUUUUAAAACAAAUAUUGAAUAAAGCAAAACCGUUUAAGACUUUGUUGAUGGCACAGAAAACA